AUGGGCUUUCUCAGGUGGUCGCUCCGUUGUAUUCCUGGCUUGUCAGUCUUUGGCCUAUUGAUCCUGCUCGAGGCCGCCCUGAAGAUUGUUGAGACAGAAUGGCUCACCUUCUUCUACCCUCCAUUUCUCAGACAUAUUGCCAGUCCUGUCAUCGCCCAGACUAUUUUUAUCUCCUACUCGGUCUUCCUGCACAUCCUCGCCCUCCUGUUCCCUCUACGGCUAUGCGCGUCCGCAUAUGCUGCAACACGGGAAAUCCAAGCCGCUCAUCGACGGUCAAGGGUCACACAUGACGACGUGUUUCGAUGCGAUGGAUUUGGAGACGAGCACCAGGGCCUUGAGCCUGAGCAAGAGACAGUGAAGGGACCAGGCCCUGUAAUGAUGGCAGUGGUCGUGCCCAGCUACAAGGAAGACAUUGAGAUACUCGAGACCUCACUGAGAGUUCUUGCCAGCCACAACCUGGCCAGAUCGUCGUAUGAUAUCUUCUUAGCCAUGGAGGAACGAGAUCCAAACGGUGUCACCGUGGCUCGGAAUUUGAUCCAGCUCUUCGCCGGCAAGUUUCGAGAGAUGCAAUACACUGUCCACCCUGCAGGUCUGCCUGGCGAAGCCCCCGGAAAAAGCAGCAAUGUAAGUUGGGCCGCAAGGCAGAUAGAGCAAAAAUACCUGAAUGACCCUGGCUGGUCAAGCGUGCUCGUAACGGUAAUGGACAGUGACACCCACCUCCUGAGUCAAUAUUUCGAGACCAUCCUCGCCCAUCACCUCGACAAGCGCAAAGAGCAAGGCGUGACCGAUAUGACCCUCUACAUGCCGCCCAUUGUUUUCGACCGCAACGCGCAUUUGGUGCCCCAGAUGGUGCGCAUCGCCGAUCUGAUGUGGUGCGGAGCCGGGCUCUCCUGUUUCACCAGCAAACCCACUCGAUCGACUGUCGCAAUCCCUACAGCAGUAUAUACUCUGCCACUUCCUCUUAUUUGCAUUGCUGGUGGUUGGGACACUGGGUCAGAGGCCAUCGGCGAAGACAUGCACAUGAUGUUGAAGUGUUACUUUGCCACGAACGGCCGUAUGCUGAUAAGACCAAUUCCGAGUCCGGCAAGCCAGUGCAAUGUCACGACGGGGAAGCCUGGAAUCCGCGGCUGGCUGGCGAACCAUUCUGCCCGAUACGCGCAAGGUCUUCGACAUAUGUGGGGAUGUCUCGACACUGGAUAUGCCGUCCGCCAGUGGUGCAAGAUUGGGCCUGAUUUUCUCCCUCAUGAUCUACCUACUCCAUCGAGUGAAGGGAGCUCAUCCGAUUCUGACCGACCAUAUCGACCUCGUCACGUCGAGAUAUGCCUGAAACUCAGCCAGCAUGCCCUUCACGGCCCCAAUCUUCGAAGAUUUACUUGGAGGAACCUGAUCUUGUUCAGUCGCCUUUUUGAAGCGCACUUCUUACCGAUCCAUCUAUUCCUUGUUCUGCUUGCGUCGGCCAUCUAUACGGCGUUUCCAUAUCCGAUCACCUCUUGCCAACUCUUGACUGCUGCAAUGGAUCUCACCUCAGUUUUGCGGGGCGUCAGUUUCGCAUUGAUGACAAUAUAUUUUGUUGUCUUCUAUGAAGCAUACCAUCGGGCUUGUAUUGAAGCCCGGGAACGGGAGAUGAAGAGAGUCGGUCUGUAUGAGGAACUGGCUGAAGAGUUCUCGUACCGCAAAAGAUUCUCUCUCAUCACCAUGGUCGACUACGUGCUCUUCCCCAUUGCGGGCACGAUGUUUGGAAGCGUACCCCUGCUCCAGGCCAUAGUGUCCCAUUUCUGGACAGAAAAGCUUGUGUAUCUGGUGAGUGCAAAGCCAGUCAAGACGAUUACAAAGAAUCUUGUCAGUGUCACGGUCACUGAGCAAGCUUCGGAGGUCAUCGAUGUCUGA